GGGUGCGGGCGGUUGCACAAUGGCUUCAAUGAAGAAGACUGGUAUACUUCUGGCGCAGCUGCUGAUUCCGGCAUUCUCGAUGCUAGUUUCCAAAGGCGUGGCGAAGUUUGGACCUGGAAAUUGUGUAUCCUCUUGGGUCGGGGAGAGUUCCCACUGCAUCGUGCGUACCGCAUGUUCUGCCCAAUCUUCAUUUGCAACAUACGCGGUCCGUGUUAUUUGUGUUGAUGAGGACGGUGGCAGGGUGCUCCACACAUUCCAGCAGGGGGGGUUUGAUGCAGAGGAGACCUUCGACACCAGCAUCAAAUGCCAUCGGUGCGAGGCAGGUGAUUCUCUGGAGGCCAGUCAAAGCUUUGCCGCUAGAUCCACCACGCGAUUGGCAGGACGUGCUGCUGGCAGCCAGUUGGCCACUUCGUCCACUGCUGACAGCGAGGUCCGCCCAACGAAGCUGAGCAGUCUAGCGGAAGAGGUGCGCAUGCUUAUGGCCGAUGAGAUGCAGAUGAAGCAUGAGAUUGAGGAUUUGAAAGCCAGACUGAAUUACUCUGAAUCCCGGGCGCUCCGUGGACAGCGAUCAGAGAAGGACGGUGGCCUCGUUAGCACGUCGGCCAGCCCUGCAGCAAUCAUUGCAGAAGCACUGAAAGUGGCUCCGGCAUCCGGGGUUGGCGAAGUGACGAUGCUCCGUGACAGCCAGCCCGCGGGUCUGCGGGAAGCCUCGCCUGUAGUAGCAAGCUCCCGCACGACAGCUGGCGAGCAGAAGCCAGCAGCUGUAAAGCCAGCGGCGGCUCUGCCUGCAGUCGCCGUACAAGAUUCCGUCAUAGCGGCAUCUGCGGAAGUUGCAGCACAGGAAGCAGAGAAGGCAGCUGCGGAGGCAGAGCUAGAAGCACAAGGUGCGCAAGGCACAACUCAGCCGAUGCAGCCAGCGACGUCCACUGUAGCUCCACAGCCACAAAAGAUGAUCGCCAAUACUGCACAGGAAGAGUCCGAGGAAGAAAAGCUCGCAGCCCUGCUUGAAGAUGGGGACGCAGGUGCGGAUGUGUAG